ACUUUUCCAAUCAGUAAUUAGGCGUUCGUUGGCGGAGAGAGAACGUCUCUUUAUUAGGAAGACACAAAAGAAGGAGAAGAGAGAGAGAAAGGAAAGUCUCUAAAAUCAACAACUUCCCAAUUUUCUCUCUCCUCUAUUUUGCGAUCUCUUCGCUUUUCUCAAGAGCUUAGGAAAUGGAUCAUGAUGAGACCGGAUGCCAAGCACCUCCCGAAGGUCCAAUCUUGUGUGUGAAUAAUUGUGGAUUCUUCGGGAGUGUGGCAACAAUGAACAUGUGCUCCAAGUGCUACAAAGAUGCAGUUCUCAAGCAGGAGCAAGCUAAACUCGCUGCAUCAUCGAUCGAAAAUAUAGUGAACGGAUCAUCAAAUGGCAAUGGCAAGGAACCAGUUGUUAUUGGCACAACAAUGGAUAUGCAAGUCAAACUCAUAGCACCGAAAGCCAUAACUAUACCAGAGUCAAGUGUACCAUCGAGUUUGGGGGAGGGUGGAGAUGCCAAGCCGAAACAAGGGCCAAGCCGUUGCACCACUUGCAAGAAAAGAGUAGGCUUGACGGGAUUCAAUUGCCGGUGUGGUAAUCUUUUCUGUGCCACACAUCGCUACUCGGACAAACACGAGUGCCCCUUCGACUACCGCACUGCCGCUCGUGAUGCCAUAGCUAAAGCUAACCCUGUCAUCAAGGCUGAAAAACUCGAUAAAAUCUAAGAUUUAAGGUGUGAAGUUUCGAGCAUUUAAAAGAUAUGAUGCAUCCUUUUCUUCCAUGAGACUUCUCUUAGAGUUGGCUGCAUAUAAUCAGGAAGGUGUCCUAUACAAAAUUGAUAUGUUUGCUUGAAGAAAUGGCGAUUUAGGACAUCUUUGCAGCUUCAAGUUAUUCUCUGUUUGUGAUUGCCUUAAAUGUUGUUGGCUCCAAUUAUCUAUCUCUUCUACAUGUGCUGGUUUGAUGGACAAUGUCUUAAAUUAGCGUUAUAAUGUGUCCCUUCUGGCUAAAAAAAUGGCAUUAUGAGUAGUUUUAUGUGAAGAAUUUGUGCUAUUCAAUUAUGUUCAUAUUUCUGCUUGUUUCCUCUGUA